AGGGGUCAAAAUCCAGAUCCUUGUUUGCCCAAACAUAACCCUGAUUCCACAAGCUCAACCUCGAACCCACUUCAAAAACGGCAUACACAACUCCUCUCUGUUUUGGAUCCCCAUUAAUCGAACCCUCAUCUCUCUCUUACUCACUCUCUCAUUUCAUACACAAUUCAAUUCAAAUGGAGAUGCACACUCUUUCCAAUGGUGCUCCUGAUUUCGACAGCCUUAAGUGCUCUCUGGUGGAAUCUUUGUUGGCCGAGACUGCGAUUCUUGCUGACAAGUCUUUUCUUUUGCUACUCUUGCUGGUUUGGUCUUCACCUAACCAAAAAAAUGUGCUUCUGAAUUCAGUGAGAACAGAUCAGAGGUUUCCAAUGUCUGAACUUAGUAAAGUGAAAGAGCCUGAUGCUGAAAACAACGAUGCAGGUGAAGCAGAGGAUGACGAUGACGAUGACGAUGACAAGGAGGACGAGGAUAGUGAUGAUGAUGAUGAAGAUGAUGGUAAUGACUCAGAAGAAGACAGUGAUGAUGAUGAAGAGGAUUCUGAUGAUGAGGUUGAGGCUACUGGUUACGGAGAAAGUGAUGACGAUGAUGAGGAUGAGGAUGAGGAUGACGACAGUGACGAGGAUGAUGAUAGUGACGAGGAUGACGAUGAAGAUGAAGAUGAAGAUGACGAAGAGCAAUUCAAGUUACCUUCACAAAGAAAGAAGUGACUUAAUUCAUUUCCGUCAAUUUUUUAGGCUGUUUCCUUGGGAACUGGGGCAAGCUGCACACUUGUUCUUAUUUGUCAUAUUUUGUUAGGAUCAGAGCCUUCAAGUUGAAAUACAGAGAAGGAAGUCUUUUCCUUUGUUAAUAAAAUGAUAUGAUCUCUUAUGGCAACUAUUGUCUCUUAUAACUA